GAGGAGGAGGAGGGGGGGAGCGGCGUCGGGAGCGCGCUUGGCGGUGCCGGGAGCGCGCGGGCAGCGGGGCCCCCAUGGAGCUGCUGCGGACAUGGCUGGGGCACCCCGAGGACAUUUACAACCUGCUGCGCUUCAAGAUGGGCGGCUACCGGGCCGUCAUGCCGCGCAUCGACCCGGACUCGCUGGGACUCGGCCUCCGCACCUGCUACCGCUACCUCAACCAGACCAGCCGCAGCUUCGCCGCCGUCAUCCAGGCCCUGGACGGAGAGCUGCGACAUGCCGUCUGUAUCUUCUACCUAGUUCUGCGUGCCCUGGACACCAUAGAGGAUGACAUGACCAUCAGCUUGGACGUAAAGGUCCCGAUGCUGCACGAGUUUCACUCCUAUCUCUAUCAACCGGACUGGAAGUACAUGGAGAGCAAGGAGAAGGACCGCCAGGUGCUGGAGGACUUCCCCACGAUCUCCAUGGAGUUCAGGAACCUGUCGAAAGUCUACCAGGAUGUGAUUUCAGACAUUUGUCACAAGAUGGGCGUCGGGAUGGCCGAGUUCUUGGAGAAGAAGGUGGAUUCUCAGCGUGAGUGGGAUAAGUACUGUCACUACGUAGCUGGGCUGGUGGGGAUAGGCCUUUCCCGUCUCUUCUCUGCAUCAGAGCUAGAAGAUCCGAUUGUCGGACAGGACACGGAGCUGGCAAACUCCAUGGGCCUCUUCCUGCAGAAAACCAACAUCAUCCGUGACUAUCUGGAGGACCAGCUGGAGGGAAGGGAGUUCUGGCCCAGAGAGGUUUGGAGCAGAUAUGCAAAAAAGCUCUCGGACCUUGCCAAACCAGAGAACAUAGAUAUGGCUGUCCAGUGUCUGAAUGAGCUCAUCACCAACGCUCUCCACCACGUCCCUGAUGUCCUUACGUAUCUGUCCCGCCUGAAAAAUCAAAGCGUCUUCAACUUCUGUGCGAUCCCCCAGGUGAUGGCCAUCGCCACUCUGGCCGCCUGCUAUAACAACAAGCAGGUGUUCAGGGGCGUAGUGAAGAUCCGGAAGGGACAAGCCGUCACUCUGAUGAUGGAUGCCACAAACAUACAGGCUGUCAAAGCCAUCAUGUACCAGUAUGUGGAAGAGAUCUACCAGAAGAUCCCCAGCACGGACCCUUCGUCCAACAAGACGCAGCAGAUCAUCGCCUCCAUCCGCGCCAUGAGCCUGCCCGGCGGCCCCAUGGCCUCGCGCCACCACUACUCCCCCAUCUACCUGUCGUGCGCCAUGCUGCUGGCCGCCCUCAGCUGGCAGUACCUCAGCACCAUCUCCAAGGCCGCCGAAGAGUACGUCCAGGCGGGCGAGAACUGAAGGGCGGGCAGGCGGUGGGAGAGAAGAGAUGGUCGGCGGACGGGCAGCAGAGGCGGGAGGCUCCUUGCCCCUGCUGGUGGGGACAGCCGGGUGCCACCGGGCCCGCGGGCGGUGAUGAGGACGGGACGCCGGU